UCAGUAUUUCGGUUUCGGGACAUACGGUCGCACUGCAACUUUCGCAGUGAAACUUUUUUUUUAUUUUUAUUUAAUAUUUCUUUUCGUUGAAAUAAAAUUACUUUAUUUAAAAUACAAUAUUAAUCUGAUUAAGAAACGUGAAUGUCGGAAGCUAAGUAAAUAAAAAUAUCAAUGAACAGAAAGUGAUAAAAAUCGAGCCAACAGGCCGCUUAAUCGGCCACCAAGAUCCGAUCUCCACCUAAAGUAAUGAAACGAACAUAGAGUGAAAAUAAAGAAGUGACGUUUGCACUGUCUAAAAUCUGAAGCUUAACUUCAAAUCUAACUAUUGCAUAUUGGAAAAAGAUGAAAUGAUAUUGUGAUGGCGAAAAUGGCAUCUGGUGACCUCUCGUUGACCAGCACAAGCAGUCAAGAAGAAGAAAGUUCGGAAUAUGCGGGCUAUGAUAAUACGCUGCGGCCACCUUCCAAUUCAAGCGGUAGCACAACGGCAGCCAAUAUGGCCAACAACAAUGGGCCAACAAAGGUGGUCAACAACGUAGGCGGCGGUGGAGGAGUUGGUGGCAACGGAAAGAAAUACGAACUACUGCAGUCGCAGUACGAGUCGGCGAUGUGUGACCUAAACACGCUGCGGCAUCAGCAUUCAAACUCGGAGCGGCGUUGUGAUGAGCUCGCCACACAGCUAAAUCUCUAUCAGGAGCACUACAUGGCUGAUCGCAACAAGUAUACGGAUAUUGUGGCCGAGAGUGCCCGUUUGAAACACAAAUUGAUGCUGCUCGAGAAUCAGAAUCAAAACAAUGGAAAUCCAUCAGCUUCGCAGCCGUCGACGCCCGGCAGCAAUGCGUUUUACUACGGUAAAAUGCAAACACCCUGCGAUGGCAGCUGCAACAGCAGCGAGAAGCUGGCCGAACUGAAGAAGGAGCGCAAUUUGAUAGCUAUGGAGAGAGAGAAGUACAAGAAAUCCUACAUUGAGCUGGAGAAGGAGCGCAAUUUCUAUCGUGAACGCGGCGAAGAGAAUCAAACCUUAAAAGUUCUGCUGUCCAAGGAGACGAAGCAUGUCGUUUCGCUGACAGAGGAACUCAAUCAGCUCCUCUCUGAGAAGGACAAUGUGUUGCAGGAGCAUCAAAAGAUGUCGGAUGACCUGGCGCUGGCCAACAAAGAGAUCGAUCGUCUCAAGAAAGAUGAGCUGGUAUACAAGAGCGAAUUGAAAUCGUUGCAGUUGGCAAACGCCGAGCACAAGAAAAGAGAUCUCCUGAAGUCGCGUGAAAGCAGCUGGUCGAAGGAGUUCAGCAAUGACAGCAAGGAGGAGUUGGAAAAGCUGCGCAAGAGCCUGGACAAGGCUCAAUCUGAAGUCGAGCGCGCACUGCAAGACGCCGAGGAGGCAAAACGCGUGCGAGACUGGGCCAUCUCACAGCGAGAGAAGAUCGUCCAAGAGCGUGACUCGGUGAAGACGCUCUGCGAUAAUCUGCGCAAGGAGCGGGACAAGGCGAUAUCCGAUUUGCUAAUGGCCAUUCGCGACAGUGAGAAGAUCAAGAAGCAAAAGGAUGAGGCCCAGAAAAAAAUCGAUGCGCUCAAGGAGCAGCUGGAGAGCCAGACAAUUUCGACACCAGCAACACCGUUCGACAGUGCAUCACGUCGCAGCUUCCGCCUGAGCAGCUUUGAGAGCGGCGAAGAUCUCCUGGAAAUCGAACUGUGCAACUACCACGACUCGGAUCUGGGCAUAAUCCUCGAUGACAGCAACAAGCGUCAGCUGGUUUGCGGAGUCACCAAUAGCUCGUCGGCGUUUGGCAAGCUGAAAAUCAACGAUGUUAUCUGCAAGGUGAACAACCUGGAGUGCCAGGGACUGUCGAAGCGCAUGGUCCUCGACGAGAUUCGCGCCUGUGCGCCCCGCUGUCUGCUGCUCGUCUCCCGCACCCGGCACAGCAAGCGGCACUCAUACGCGGUGCAGCUGAAGACCAACGGCCGUGAUGCCAUCGGACUGCAGCUGGAUAUGGGCGUGUUCAUAGCCAAGAUCGAACCCAAUUCACUGGCCUUCUACGAGCCAGAGCUGGAUGUGGGUGAUCGCGUGCUGAGUAUUAAUAACAAGUCAAUGGACUCGCUGCAGUCCAUCGAUGAGGUGAUGCAGCUGCUCAACACCGACACCGUCAACAUAUUCGCCCUGAAGUAUGUGCCGGAGCAGCAGUCGGACGCCCAUUGCCGCAUGACCAGCUCGUCGGCGCAGACAGACAGCUCCAUCGACUCCAUGCAGCAGUUGAAUAGCAGCAGCGGAGUGGCUAGCGGUAGUGGCAGUGGCGGUGGCAGUGGCGCCGCCAAACAUCCGUCCAAAUUCGCAGACUUUCUACGCAAACUGAAGUUCAGUAAACCGGGCACGGCCGACGACAGCUUCGAGCAGGAGCACGACGUGGCCAUUGCGGCGCUAGACUCGGUGCUGAGCGAGAACAGCUCGGAGAAGAGCAAAGAGAAUCUCUUCAAGCGCCACAAGCGCGGCAAAAAGGGCGAAAAGGAGGCUAAAAGCAUGGGCACCUGGCCCCGCACCAACAUCUCGCACGACAAUCCCACAGGCACCAUUGUCCAGCGUGGGGGCGAGAAGAAGCGUGCGCUGAUGUCGCUCUUCACCGCCGGGCCCAUCAAUGUGGACAAGGACGACGAUGUCGUCGAGCAGACGGAGUCGAAGCCGCCAAUGCAGCUGCAGGAGCUGCCUCCGCCGCCGCUGCCGCCGCAGUUGUCGAAGCCGCGCAAUCUGAAUGGCGGCGCGAUCAAAACGCAUCCCAAUCGCAACUCAAAUCCCGUUAGCAACGUGGCCUCCACACUCUUUCAGCCCGGCAAUGUGGGCGUUACCUAUCCGCGGCAUUCACUAUAUGGGGGCGUAGUCCCCACUUCGUCCGAGGACAAGCAGUCGCCGAUGCAGCGACCCGCACCGCUAAUGGGUGCCAAUGCCCGGGUGAAGCUGCACGGCCAAGAGCGCUCCAUCCGCUCGCACAACCCACACCGGUUCUCGCUGAAUAUUCCGCCCAGCGGCGGGGAUUUCUACCAGCCCAAAACGAGCGGCCAGCAGGCACAGCAGCAGGUCGUCCCGGCGGUGGCUGCCGGAGAGUUUCCGACCCGCAAGCAACAGAUGUUCGACAUGUUUCAGCAGCCGGCGCCACCACUGCCCCUGCCACUGCCCAAGGUGAACGCCACAUUCAUGCCAGUCCACCCGCCGCCUCGUGUCUCGGGCGGCAGCGGCUCGGCUGGGUCCAGUUCGGGCGGACCCGUGGACAUCAUCUCGCUCAAGUCACAAAACUCAAUUGAGUCCAUGCUGUCGGCUAAGAGUCCGCCGAUCAGCGAGUGCAAUGUCUACAGGAAGCGCAAUGUGCCGCCUAUGCCUCCGAAGCACGUGCCCAAGUAUCCCAGCGAUAGCGAGAGCAUUGGCUCCGGCAUUCUCGUCUCCGGCGGACACAACUAUUUGCCGUCGCAUCAGGCGCACAUGGCGACGGUGGGUAAUCGGCACACGCAACUCUUUCCCAGUUUUCAGCCCAGCAGUCAUGGACAGCGCUACAUGAGACGCUCUAGUCCCCUGACGCUGCCCUCGCCGCCGCCCUCAACGAUGGCGUCGAUACUGCAGGCGCCGCAGGCGGCACAGCUGGAGAACACGAGCAACAACAGCACCAUUGGCAUACCCACGGAUCUGGACUUUGUGCCGGGUCAGCACACGCAGCAGCAGCAGCAGCAGCAACAGCAUCCACUCCCACAUCAGCACCUCCAGCACCCGCCGUACAUUGACUACAGUCAGCCGCAGUCGCACUACCCGUACAGUCUCGCCGGCGUCGUCGGGUCGGGGAAUGGUGUCAUUUACGAGGGCGGAACCUUUCCGCGAAAGAAAGACAAUCAGCGCCUGCGCAUUCCGUCGAAUCCCAGCGUGGCCAGCAACAGGCAGAACAGCAGCAGCCUGGUCAAGAACAGCUCCGGCUCCAUUGACCAUCACUACGCCACCAGCGGCAGCACAGGGGUGCCCGUCUCGCUGAUGAACUCGUCGCUGCACACCAACUAUGCAGGCAAUGUGAGCAGCAUCAAUGGGGGCGUGGCCGGUGGAGGCGGCGGCGGAGGCAGCGGAAGGGGCUCGCCGAUGCCGCAGGUACACGUGGAGGUGCUGAGCCACGGCGGGCCGAGUGGCAGUGGCAAACGGAACUCGAACGUUGCCUCGGAUUUUUUAUGCCCUGGAGACCUUAGAAGAGUCACGAUCGACAAGCGCGAUAAGUCGCUAGGUAUUACCAUACAGUGCAACAACAAUGGUGGCGGUAUUUUCGUGUCAACUGUUGCCGACAAGAGUACCGCAAUGCGUGCCGGUCUCCAGGUGGGCGAUCAACUCUUGGAAGUAUGUGGCAUCAAUAUGCGUGCGGCCACCAAUGAAAUAGCCGCCAAUGUGCUGCGACAGUGCGGUGAUUCCUUCACAAUGCUGGUGCAGUACAAUCCAGAGAAGUUUCACUCAACUGAGUACGAAGGCAUACACAAUCUGGAACCAGAAUCUCCUCUUAAUCACUCGGGCUCGCCGACCCCCAGAAAUUCACCGCGACCGCCGGCUCGCAGUGUGCAAACGACAAUGCCGAUGCAGCCGCUCUCUCUGCUUCCGUCCGCGGUCUCCGUUACACGUGCGCCGCUCUCCCAUCAGUCCAUCAAGGAUCAGAGCUUCACUGACAGUCUGGAGAAUCAAUCGGAUAUUAGCAGUAGCCAAGAUAUGCCCUCAUCGGCGGCCACAACAACCACGACAACUGCCUCGGCCACUUCGACCGUUUACGACGAGGACACCAAGAUCAGUCUGCCAUCAGCUGCGACAUCAGUGUCUACAGAAGGUCUGCGUUUUGUCACACUGCACAUGGAUAAGUCGAAGAAUCUGGGCAUUAAGCUUUUUGGCGGUAACAAGGUGGGAAUCUAUGUGCACGAUGUGGCACCCGGCUCUCCAUCGGAUCACGCCGGCAUACGUAAGGGUGACCUCAUAUUGGAGUACAACGGUGUCGAUUUGAGCGGAGUCACCGCCGAGCAGGCUGCCAAUGAGAUCUCGAAGCUCACGGAUACCGUUACCAUGCUAGUGCAGAACAAAUUGCAAACACUCAAGCAAAUCAAGGAUAAACCAGGCGAUUCGUUUUACAUACGAGUGGGGUUUGAUCGCGUUGGUGAACUGAAUGAGGAGGACUUGCGUUUCAUCAAGGACGAGGUGCUUUAUGUGGAUAAUACGGUUUUCAAUGGAACGUUUGGUCUAUGGCGCGCAUGGAAACUAGAUGCAAUGGGACACCGUAAGGAGUGCGGCGUCAUUCCAAGCCAAAUGAAGGUGGAGGAGGAGUUGCGUUCGGGCGAGGUUGUUGAUUGUGAUACAGGAACUGCGCGACGCGGCAGCACAUCAGCACGUCGAUCUUUUUUUCGGCGCAAGAAAAACCAGCGAAGCUCCUCGCGCGACUCAACGGAGAUAGCAAGCUUUAGCAACACUCAGCUGAGUUUUUUUCCCGACUCGGGCAUUCUGAAUGACGAUGGCGGCGUCCUAAGCUAUCAGCGGGUUGAGCUUCUAGACUCACCAAUACGUCGCCCAGUGCUGAUCAUUGGACCACUGUCUGAGUGCUUGAUAGAUCGCUUGAAGAUAGACUUUUCCAAUUUGUUCAAGCUGUGCGAGGUAACGACCAUGGACUGUUCACAGGAAGCGAUGGAGGAGGGCCUCAAAGAGAAUAUAUUCGUGGAUUAUCGUCGACGUGGCAAUAAGUUCGAGUGCACCACCGUGGAAGCUAUCAGUAAUGCGUGCAAAAUUGACCGGCGUCAUUGCAUUCUGGAUGUGUCGAUCUCAGCGGUGGAGCGUCUGCAACGAUUGCAAAUUUAUCCGAUUGUUUUGUUGCUACGCUUCAAGUCGGCCAAACAAAUUCGCGAUAUCCGAGACUUUGGCACCGACAAAAUAUCAGCCAAGGCAGCUAAGGAGAUGUACGAACGGGCAUUGAAACUGGAGUUUGACUACAAACAGUAUAUAUCCGCCGUAAUUCCUGGAGUCAGCAUUAAGCACAUGUGCACACAGAUCAAGGAUGCUGUUGAUAAGGAGCAAGACAAACUUCUCUGGGUCCCUGUAACAAAUGGCUAGCACAACUAAUCGAGUUGUGAGGUUUACGUAGAGUUAAGGAUUUGCAGAUAUAUAUAUACAUAUAUUAUAAUAGUAUUGGAGUGCGUAUUAAUAUUAUACAAAGUUUUUGUAUUCGUUUCGCUUAACAUAGAGUAUUCAAUGUCGUCUAUGCUAAACACAUAUUUUGCCCACAUAUUUCGUUUGCAAAAGGGCGCCGUAUUCUGUAUUCUGUAUGUUUUUUCCAUGUCUGAUCUAGUUUACGUAAUUCUUAAAUACUUGUGAAAUAAUUGUUGUUCGUCUGGACGAGAGUUUUCAAAAUUCUCUCUGUAGGGUUUCAAAUCAAAUUUUGUGCAAACCUUACUCAAUUCUAUUGUUUAUAUUAUAUAUAUUUAAUUGUGUGGCAAUCGAAAAAUUGGCUUUAUAAUACUGCAACCAUAUUGCCUUACUUAAUUCAAAUAGUUUUCAAACAACUUUGGGCCUCUGAAGAAAGAGAAAAGAAAAGAAAUCAAAAUUGUAAAAUUAGGUAUAAUUAUUCAGAUUCAAAUUCUUUAUUCGAUGAACAUUGAUAAAACGCUAUUACUAUUAUUAAAUCACUUAAAAUGUAAUUGUAAAACUGAUACAGAAAAUGCCUUUAGCGAAAAUUAAUGCUACAUAAUUCAAAUAUACCUAAAUCAAAAAGUAUAUUAUGUAAACGUAUUAAAUACAUUAUAAACGAUUUUAUCCAUAAUAUACUUACAUAUCUGCGUAAGAAUGUUAUUACGCGUAUAUCUAUUUUUGCAAUAAAUAUUUUUUCAAAAUUGUCUA